GCUGUAUUGUUAGUAUUAUUUUGCCUGCGUGCCACCGUCGAUUAACAGAAACGGCGGGUAUCUCUAGAGAGAGAGAGAGAGAGAUGACAAUAUCUUCUCCAUGGCUGCGGUCGUUGCCCUUCUCCAGACUCUUCAGUUUAUUUUACAUUUGAAUUGGGAUUAUAUUCUGCUUCAAAGGCAGCUGGAGCAUGAGAUGGAAACUGUGGUGACAGUGCUGCAACCUGGUCCGUUGGGAAUUGUAGAACACAAGUUUUCUGCUGAGGAGAUACGUAAGGCAAAUGCUACUGUUCAAAGGGCAGUGCAGAAAUGGCAACAGAAUGCAAUCCUAGAGAAGAGAAGUCGCAUCUUAGAAGAGUAUAUACAGAAGUGAAAGAUCUUAAUCCUUUUGUAGGUAAUUGGACGAUCAAACAAUGUUGCCAGAGCAUACAUUUCAUAAAAUUUCAAGAAGGGCUCCUACUUGUAUUCUCUUUUCCACUCUUUCUGUUAUAACUUAUUAUAAAUAGGCAGGAUUUGUAUUUUCUCUUCA